AUGAGGAGAGAAGGAUCAGAAAUAAUAGCUUCAACCUGGGGAGCACUGGAACAUGCUAACAUCGGCGUUAAAGCACGAGAAAAUGAACCUUUAACGCUGAUAAAACUAAUAGGUAGACCUAGUAAAACUCCAGCUGGGAAAGGCCUGGGAAAAGCAGGAGCUAAACGCUUGGGCCGACUACUGAAACGAGCCAUCCAGCCGCAGGAGGAGUCCACCGGAGAGAGAAACGAUGCUCUGCCAAAGACUCCUGUUCGCCUCUUCAAGUAUCAGAUUCAAAAUGAGACUGAGAACGCACCCAAGACAAACACCGAGCCGCUGGCAUCGCCUCACGUCUCCAAGCUCAUCCUCAGUGUGGUUUCCCAGUGCAAACACAGAGGUGGCAUCUCCAUGGCAGAGCUCAAGCAGACGCUGGCUGCUGGAGGCUACAAUGUCACCAAGAACAACAGGCGGGUUAACGUGGCGACCAAAAGGCUAGUCAACAACGAGACACUUGUAAGAACUACAAGAAAUGCAACAUUCAGCCUCAACAAUAAGAAAGUGGUUGACACAACACACAUAAGGACAAGUCUGAGGAAAUCUCCACAACCAAAAGAAGACCUGAAACAGAGCACCACAGCCAGCAAACCCCCCAAAGGAGCAGUAACGUCACACAGACCAGCCAGAAAGACUCCCAGAGCAGCAGUCAAAUCCAGAAAACCAAACGUCAAGAGUCGCAAACCAGCUGCCAAAUCGCCAAAAGGCAAGACCCGUAAACCAGCACCCAAAUCACAAAAACCAAAAGGAAAGACUCGCAAACCAGCAGCCAAGUCACAAAAACCCAAAGGAAAGACUCGUCAGGAUCAGUAG